GAAUGCCUUUGAUUCUGAAGAAAGUUAUUCAGCACAGAUAUAAUCUAGACUUUUGACUUUCACAAUAUUUGGUUUCACAAUAUUGUUUUCCUCUUCCCCUCUUCUCCAUUUUUUGCCUUUUACAAACUCGAGCAUUUUUGAUUAUCUAUUUUUUUAGGUCAGGUUAGGCUAGGUUACUUUCGCGGAGCGAAAACUUGCGCGUCUGCGAGUGACAGCAACCCAGUAUGACCCAGCCAUACGAUGUGUCAAACUGACACACGUUCGCUAACAUGCUCCUUCGUAUUUGUUUAACGGAAUACUGAUACUUCGCGUGUCUCUCACGAUCGACCAUGGAUUACUAUUCCGAAAACACAUCUAUUAGUGAUACUCCAUACCCAGAUACAUGCAUUUCGUUUCCCCGAUAUAAUAGAACCAUAAUCACAGAUGUAUAUGCAGGAAUACCUGAGAACUUGUUGCUAAAUGUAAUAGGAUUUCUGUUUUUAGUUACUUUAUUUGGUCUAUUACGUAAAAAGGCUUGGAAUUAUGGACGCCUUGCAUUAUUACAUAAGUCUGAUAAUAGAUGGAUGGAGCUGUUUUAUGGUGUUAAUGAAAAUAGAGACACCGAUCCCUUAUGUAUAGAAGCUUCUGUCAAUUCUCAACUCUCCCAAUUGGAUAGAGGAUUUCUCUCGUGGAUUGUUACUGCUUUUAAGAUUACUGACAAUGAAUUAUUACAACGCGCAGGCCCUGAUGGAUUAUUGUAUAUUUUAUUUGAGCGGUGCUUAAUCAUAUUGACCAUCAUGAUGCUUGUUGUAUCAUUGUGUAUAGCUUUGCCCAUUAAUUUUCAUGGGACCAUGCAACCAGGAGACAGUGCGACAUUUAGUCAUACGACAUUAUCAAAUUUAGAUCCCACUUCCAACUGGAUUUGGGUGCACACAAUAUUACUCUUAUCUUAUCUGCCAGUUGGUGGAUUUAUUAUGAGACGUUGUUUGAAGCAGGUGCGAGAUACUAGACCUAGUGGAGAACUUGCAGCUAGAACAUUAUUGAUUACAGAUAUACCAAAACAUCAAUGUAGUGUUGAAAAUCUUACAGAAUAUUUAAAGGAAGCAUUUCCCACUUUAACAGUAGAAGACAUUACAUUAGCUCAUGAUAUACAGCAUCUUUCAAAUUUGGAUGCAGAAAGAGAUUGCGCGGAACAGGCGCGUUUAUAUUGUGAGAAUUAUGCUAAAAAGAGAGAACCUUUGAAAAUGUAUCCUCAUCCAUGUGGUCAAAUUCUUGGAGCUUGCUGCAAGAAAAAGCAAGUAGAUGCUCAAGAAUUCUACACCAAUGAGGAAAUACGAUUAACAGCAUUAGUUGAAGAAGAGAAGAAUGUGGCACUUAGUAAACCUCUUGGAGUAGCUUUUGUAACUUUAGGAACACCUGGUGCAGCUAAAACUAUGCGUAAACAGCUCCGGUCCUCAUCGAAUGUAAAAUGGAUUGUGGAUUAUGCUCCCACGCCAUCAGAUAUAUUUUGGGAAAAUCUGAGUAUUCCAAGGCCGUGCUGGUAUCUAAAUGCUGUAUUAAUAAAUUUUGCUUUGGGAUUAAUAUUAUUUUUCCUUACUACACCAGCUGUUGUAGUAACAAAUGUCAAUAAAUUACCAAUUACCGGAGAGAUUAUGAAUUUAAGCCCAGUGGUUUCAUCCUUUCUGCCUACCGUACUCUUAAUCAGUGUAGCUGCUCUAAUGCCAGCACUGGUCGCGAGGAGUGAAUCGCUCGUAAGACAUUGGACUAGGAGCAGCUUGAAUCGUACUGUUAUGAGAAAAACGUUGUUACUUUUGUUGCUGAUGGUGCUUAUAUUACCUAGUUUAGGAUUAACCAGUGCAGAAGCAUUUCUAGAAUGGACUUUAAAGGAUCGAAAUAACACAGCAAAAUGGGAAUGUGUAUUUUUGCCAGAUCAGGGUGCAUUUUUUGUAAAUUAUGUUAUAACUGCUGCCUUGCUCGGGAGCGGAUUAGAAUUGGUCAGAUUCCCAGAAUUAGCGUUGUACACCUUCAGACUCUGCAUAGCUCGCAGUCGUGCGGAAAGGAUACAUGUUAGAAAAGCAGUUCUGUGGGAGUUUCCACUGGGAGCGCAUUACGCGUGGUUGCUCCUAGUCUUUACUAUGACAACCGUCUAUAGUCUGGCGUGUCCGUUAAUAACUCCCUUUGGUCUACUCUAUCUUGUACUUAAACACUUGGUGGACAGGCAUAAUUUAUGCUUCGCUUAUGGACCAAGCAUCGGUGGUGGUCAACUGGCUGGAGCUGCAGUUGGUGCUGCAGGAGCUGCGCCAGUUUUAGCGCAAGCUGCUCUUUUGGCCUUAGGCCUGGUGCGAAGAGGUUUGUCUCCUUUAGCUGCGGUGCAACUCAGUGGUCUCUGUGCGACUAUUUUGGGUCUGGUAACCGGUGCUGCAUUGCCGUCAUCGAAAUCUAAGACACAAGCACCGAAAAGGGACCUCUCGACCGGUCAAAAUUUCGUCGCACCAGUAUUGCGAAAGAAUAUAAUAGCUUUAGAGGAAACUAUAUCUAGUGCCUCGAACUCGGAAGCGAAUUUACCAAGUCCGAGAAGUACCACUUCCUCUGUACAAGAAAGUCCAAAACUUUACCAAAAUUAUGGCGGUGAGCAAAGAGUUUAAUAUUUAUAUCAUGUCUUGAAAUAUAAAUAAAUACAUAAAUAA